AUGACGGCUCGGGCUGACCAGCUGCGCGUGACGUCACCCAGCAGAAGAGAGUCCACGCGCCGCAUCUGGGCUGCCCUGAAUCCUCCAGGAACUUCUUUCACGGUUGACGGCGCGGGGUGCGAACCCCUGGAUGCGGUGCUGCUGCGGCAGAGUGCCCCUGCCGCGGCUGCCGGGGGCAGGUGUCUCUUCAUUACCAGUUCUGCAGAAGUGAAAUGCUCCCUUUGUGUUGUGGGGAUUCAGGCGCUGGCUGAGAUGAACCGGUGGAGAGAAGUUCUGUCUUGGGUCCUGCAGUAUUACCAUGUCGCCGAACAUCUGCCUCCAAAAGUUCUGGAGCUGUGUAUCCUGUUAUACAGCAAAGUGAGAGAGCCCCAAGUGAUGCUGGAGGUUGGCAGUAGCUGGCUGAGAGACCAGACCAAUAAGAGCCUCCCUGAGUACGGUUCCUUGCUGGAGCUCUAUCUGCUGCACGUGUUGCUUCCGCUUGGCCGGUUUGAGGAGGCAGAAGAGCUUGUACGCGGCUGUGAUGUUUUUGACAGCGAGCAGCAGCUAGCAUUUCUUGGGACCAUUUGUGAAAGCCGAUGUCAGUGGACUCAACGGGAAGAGAUGCACUUGGCUGCUGAAGAGCAGCAAGAUGCAGCAACAGAAAGUGUUUUGGGUGCUCUGUCCCAAAAGCUCUUGACCAUGUUGACAUUGCUACGCAGAGCACUGAGGUCCAUGUCCAGCCACUUCUGUUUACUUCCUUACAAAAAGAUGCUCUUGGCUACUUUUCUGUUGUACCUGGUGGUGGUGAGAUUAGACCCAGCUUCUCCCACAUCACUG